UACAUAGUCACAUUAUUACAAACGCACACACAAACACACACAAAAACACACACAUAUAGUGCCAUUCCACUUUGAGAUCUUACAACCUUAGCCAAACAAAAUGGCACCAAUAGGAUUAGGUUACAUUGAAAUUCUCCUAGCUUUGUUCUGUUUUCUCUUGUUUUAUUGCUUUAGGGACUCAAAAUAUCCAAUAAAUUGGCCAAUUUUUGGUAUGCUACCAGGCACACUUUACCACAUACAACAAAUCCAUGAAAGGUGCACUAUGACAAUGAGGGCCACAGGGGGCACAUUUUUAUUCAAAGGUCCUUGGUUUGCAAACAUGGACAUAUUAUCAACAGUUGAUCCAGCCAACGUGCACUACAUCAUGAGUGCAAAUUUCAUGAAUUUUCCCAAAGGUCCCAAAUUUAAAGAGAUGUUUGAUGUUUUAGGUAAUGGGAUUUUCAACGCAGACUUGGAUAUGUGGAAGGUUCAGAGGAAGACGACUCGUGCCCUCAUCACUCACAAUCAGUUUUACAAGUUUUUAGUCAAGACUAGUCGCGAUAAGGUGGAGAAAGGGCUAAUCCCGGUUCUUGAUCAUGUUUGCCAGAAGGGUUGUAUAGUGGAUUUGCAAGAUUUGUUCCAAAGGUUCACUUUUGAUACUACUUGUAUUUUGGUCACGGGAUAUGAUCCUGGAUGUGUAUCUAUAGAUUUCCCUGAUGUUCCCUUCUCGAAAGCUAUGGAUGAUGCUGAAGAAGCCAUUCUUUUUCGCCAUGCAUUGCCCGAGAUAAUUUGGAAGUUGCAAAGAUGGCUUAAAAUUGGAGAAGAAAAGAAGAUGAUUAGGGCUCGCGAAACAUUGGACUAUACUAUAGACAAAUACAUAUCCAAGAAGCGUGAAGAAUUGAAGGAAUUAGGCAACUUGAAAGAAAGUGAAGAGGGAUUUGAUCUUUUGACAUUUUACCUCAAAGAAGAGAAUUUGGGAGUUAAAUGUGAUGACAAGUUCUUGAGGGACACUAUAUUGAAUCUUAUGAUAGCAGGGCGUGAUACAACUAGCUCUGCUCUCACAUGGUUCAUUUGGCUUGUGUCGACUAAUCCACAAGUGGAAAAAAAGAUUAGGGACGAAAUCAACUCUGUUAUCCCCAGUGAGGAAGUCGGAAAAUUUAGGCCUUUCAAUGUCCAAGAAUUGAACAAGCUUGUUUACUUACACGGUGCAUUGUGUGAUUCUCUAAGGCUAUAUCCACCUGUGCCAUUCCAACACAAGGAGCCUCUUGAGAAAGACGUACUCCCAAGUGGUCACAAAGUUCAUCCAAAGAUGAAGAUCAUGUUUUCAUUGUAUGCGAUGGGGAGAAUGGAGUCGAUUUGGGGGGAAGAUUGUUUGGAAUUUAAGCCAGAGAGAUGGAUUUCGCAACGAGGGACGAUUAAGCAUGAGCCUUCAUAUAAGUUCUUGGCUUUUAAUGCUGGACCAAGAACUUGUCUUGGUAAAGAAGUGGCUUUCACUCAAAUGAAGGCUGUGGCUGCUGCUAUUAUUCACAAUUAUCAAGUUGAACUUGUUAAAGGGCACCCUGUUGAACCAAAUGCUUCUAUUAUUCUCUAUAUGAGACAUGGUUUUAAAGUUAUGAUUAAUAGGAGGUGGCCAUAAUAAUUAGGGGAUAAUAUGUUAUGUAUCAAGUAUACGUAUUUUUUGUUUGUUUGUUCAAUUUGCUGCUAUUAGUUUUUUUGUUAUUUUCACAGAAGGAUGUAAAAUUUCUUUAAAGAAUUCUUUGUUUGUUGGUGUGAUAUUUAAUUUUACAUGUAAGUUGGCAAUA